GCUUGCUCGCUCGCGCGCGCUCUCUCGCUCCCUGGAACUCUGCUCUUCCCUCCUGUAAACUCUCCCAGCAGUCCUGCUCUGGAGGAAGCCCCACCCUCUGUUGAUAUCAGCCUUAAAUUGCCGCUCCCGCAACUCUUCCGCAGUCCCAACCUCCGGCUUCAGGAAGUGGGUCCUGCAGACUCUGGAGCUUCAGGAUGGUUCAUGCUAAGAGGUGGACCCUGAAGAAACACUUUGUAGGUCUCCCUACUAAUAGUGACUUUGAACUGAAGAAAGUUGAACUCCCACCCUUAAAAGAUGGAGAGAUCCUGCUGGAAGCUUUGUACUUCACCGUGGAUCCUUACAUGAGAAUUAUGGCAAAAAGCUUGAAGGAGGGUGACAUGAUGAUGGGAGAGCAAGUGGCCAGAGUUGUGGAAAGUAAAAAUUCAGCCUUCCCAACGGGAACUAUUGUGGUGGCUCCUUCCGGCUGGACAACACACUCCAUUUCUGAUGGGGAAAAACUGGAAAAGGUGCUUGCAGAGUGGCCAGACACAUUACCACUGUCUCUGGCUCUGGGAACGGUUGGCAUGCCCGGCCUAACAGCCUACUUUGGCCUGUUUGACAUCUGUGGAGUGAAGGGUGGAGAAACAGUGCUGGUUAGUGCGGCAGCAGGAGCAGUGGGCUCUGUUGUGGGGCAGAUUGCUAAGCUCAAGGGCUGCAAAGUUGUUGGAACAGCAGGGUCUGAUGAAAAAGUUGCUUGGCUUAAAAAGCAUGGAUUUGAUGUUGCCAUUAACUACAAAACAGUAAAGUCUUUGGAAGAAGCUCUGAAAGUAGCCGCUCCUGAGGGUUAUGAUUGUUAUUUUGAUAAUGUGGGUGGAGAGUUUUCCAACGUUGCUAUCACCCAGAUGAAGAAAUUUGGAAGAAUUGCUAUAUGUGGGGCCAUCUCUGUAUACAACAGAACCGGCCCACUUCCCCCAGGCCCAUCCCCGGAAGUCAUCAUCUUUAAGGAACUCCACUUGCAAGGCUUCGUCGUCUACCGCUGGCAAAAGGAAGUCCGCCAGAAGGCUCUGAGAGACUUGCUGAAGUGGGUCUCAGAGGGUAAAAUCCAGUACCAUGAACACGUCACUGAAGGAUUUGAACACAUGCCGGCUGCAUUUAUUGGAUUGUUCAAAGGAGAGAAUCUGGGGAAGGCAAUAGUGAAAGCAUGAACAAAAAUGACACGUGGAAUCCAGAAGUCACCUAGACGAUUAGUUUCUUUUUAACCACGUAGUAAAAUAUGUACUAACUUCAUAAUGCAUGAACAAAAGUGACUAGUGGAAUCUAGAAAUCAUUUGGGUGAUCAGCUUCUUUUUAAUCAUUUAGUAAAAUCUGUGCUGUUUUCAUGAUCUAAAAAACAGUAAUUGUAAUGUGAUUGAUCUACCUAAUAAAAUACAUUGAAGUGGUAUAUAAUUAGCAACAGAAAAUGAAAUUUUCAUACUGAACAAUGGCCAGUUGAACUUAACUGCCUGCUGUAGUUCCUUCUGGAGUAUGAUAGAAAAUAAUGGCUCUGGAGUCCAAAAGUUUCCUGCCUUUGUAACCAUGAACUUCUGAUUUUUCAUCUGUGAAGUACAAACAAUAAUGUCUGCUUCACAUACAUAUCAUACAUUUAUUUAGACCACUCGCAUAAUGCAUGGCAUAUAUUAGGUGUUCAGUGAGUACCUCCCUGCAGAAAUUUGUGAAUUUGAAGUCAAGAUUACCACUGCUAUGACUGAUGGGUCACACAAGGAGAAAUAAUCACUACUGAUGUACACAGGUCUCAGGGCAGCCUCCACUGGUCCUCUGCAGGUGGGUCUAACACGACAGACCAAGAAAGGAAUCUAUCACAGCAGCUACAAAAACAGUAACACAUAGGAAUCUUUAUAAGCCUACGAAAAUGUGAGAUUAUUCUGAGCAAAGUUUUAAAACAUCACUGAGGAACACAAAAGACCGAACAUGGAAAGGUUACCUUGUUCUUGGACUUGACGGUUUAGUUAUCAGGAAAAUGUCAAUUCUGUUAACUGAUUCUGCCCCCAAAUAGAGGAGGGAUUAAAUUGUGGUACAAGGAAAAAAAGAGAAAAAAAAGUGUGUGUGGGUAUGAUAAAACCUCCAGUGAGAGGUAAUAAAUAUGAUAAUAUGGUUCAUCCCCAGGGAAGACAAGUGAGGUGCGCCUAAAGGAUGGGGAUAAGAGAAAAACUAUAAUAUAAGCCCUUUGGAACUUUUUGAAUUCUGAAUCUAAUGAAAUUAUUUAGUAUUUAUGAAUGCAAUUAAAGAAAUCAAAGUUC